AUGACCCUUGGAUAUUCUCGACCCAUAAGGCACUCAUCAUUUUACUCUUCUUCUUUUCAUCGUCAACAGAGUUCUUCAGCUGCAUCCAUCAUUGUCCUCUUUAUCGUCAACAGCUUUUCCAGCUGCAUCUCUCGGGCCUUUCUUCAUCGCCACCAGCGCUUCGCGACUGCAUCUCUCGUCAUGGCGCUCAUCACAGCUCUUGACCUUGUGGUGGAGAAGACAUGGACUGUACUUUGCGAUACCCCAACUUACCAGCAAAACCCUAAUUUCAUGCGUUUUUUACUUAGCAUGUCCCAUACUUGCGAAAUGGCUAAAGAAGCACAGGUUUCAUUUGCUCCUGGUUUAUUCCACGUUAUGAUGUCGCCAACCCCCCCAGACAUUUCCUUCUUCAAAAAUCUUCCAAUAGACGUGGAAAAUCGCUGGGGCAUCUACGUCGUUACACUGGAAAGGCCUGGUUACAAACCACGCAUUCACAUCGGAUCUAGGACAUCCCAAGAUCGUGGUGUUAAAAACCGGUUUCAUCAGUACGAUAUCGAGUACUUGUUGCCCUUCUACGUCACUAAAGCUGUCCAAGAAAGAUAUGAGAUUGCCUCCAAAGGGCUGCUUUGCUGGACUCCGAUCAUAGAACUUUUACUCGGCUUUUAUUCAUGGCUUUUGAGGGAGUUGGAUAGACCUUAUCGGACUUUGAGAAGCUCUAAGCACACGUGGGAAAAUACAGGUAUAUAA